AUUGUUAUUUAAAAGUGGAGAGUGCCAACGUAGACUGAUCCGCUGUUCGCAAACUGAGAGAAAGGUGUUGUCAGAAGCUGCCAAGACACUGACCCCCACCAGUCAAUUAUGAUGAUGCUGUCACUAGCAUCCCUCUGCCUCCUGGCCACAGUCGCCUUUGCCGUCCCUGCCCAGGAGAAGCGCAUCCACCACCAGGCUGAUCUGAGCGACCACGCCCACGAUGACUCUCACGGCUUCCAGUACGACCACGAGGCCUUCCUGGGCAAGGAGGAGGCCAAGACCUUUGACCAGCUGACCCCUGAGGAGAGCAAAGACAAAUUAGCGAAGAUUGUGGACCGCAUUGACAUUGACAAGGACGGCUACAUCAACCAUUCAGAGCUGCACUACUGGAUCAAACACAGGCAGAGGAGGUACAUCGAGGAGAAUGUGAACAAACACUGGAACGAAUACGACAAAAACCAAGAUGGAAAGAUCGCCUGGGAGGAGUACAAAAACACCACCUACGGCUUUUAUCUGGGUGAGGAUUUUGAUGAUAUUGAAGACAAGGCCACCUAUAAAAACAUGCUCAACCGGGACGAAAGGCGCUUCAAGACAGCUGACCGAGACGGUGAUGGUAUCGCCACACGUGAGGAGUUCACCGCCUUCCUUCACCCGGAGGAGUUUGAUUACAUGAGAGAUGUGGUGGUGCAGGAAACUGUGGAAGACAUUGAUAAGAACGGCGAUGGAAAGGUCAACAUAGAUGAAUAUAUUGGUGACAUGUACACACCAGAGAAUGGGGAAAAAGAGCCGGACUGGGUCCAGACAGAGAGGAAACAUUUCUCAGAGUUCAGAGAUACCAACAAGGAUGGCUACCUGGAUGGUUCUGAGGUGGCCCACUGGGUUCUGCCGGGAGAGGUGGACCAUGCUGACAAUGAAGCCAAGCACUUAAUCCACGAGACAGAUACUGACAAGGACCAGAAAAUCACCAAGAAGGAGAUUCUGGCCAACUGGAACAUGUUUGUGGGCAGCCAGGCGACCAAUUAUGGGGAAGACUUAACGAAGAGACACGAUGAGCUUUGAUGGGCUAAUUUCAGUUUCUAUUUUACUACUAUGGAGAAUUUAGUUACCAUGGUUUGGGGUCGGGUGGGACUCGGUAAAGUGAGGGUCUGACUCUGGGUUACGAGGAUAUAAUCAUGUACCCUCGUUCACACAUGCACACAGUAAUCAGUUCAAACUCAGCAUGCUCUCACAUACUGUGUAUGUGAAUACAGAUGAUACUACACACACACUCCUCUCUUUGCUUUACUUGCAUAACUGUGGGAUUUUUUUUUUAAAUCUGUGAUGCAGAUCCUUAUAGGUGCCUUAUUCCUGUUGUCCAGUGAAAACUGUAUCUCCAAAAUUUUACUAACAAAACUGUGGAUAAUGUCCAAUAUGCACUGGCAUCCAGCUGAAACAACGCUUUUUCUAUGAGCCUGAGGUUCAAAAGUGGUCUCUAUACAUGGGGAUGAAAUUAUUCUUAUUUAAUAAAGACCACAAAAAAAAUUGGGGAUAAGGAGUUUUUAGAUAGACAUGGUUACAUUUGCUAGAAGCAUGUGGACAUUUUCUGUCAAAAAGUGUUACUCAAUUGGGGGAGGGGAGAUGGUGACUGAAGGGCUGUGUUACUGACUUUUUUUCAGGUUUGACGAUUAAAGUUUUGUUUUUUCUACAAAUGUGGGGUUCUUCAAUUUUGCUCUAUCCACUCAUGAAAAUUCAGGUUGAGAUUUAUUUGACCUUCACUAUUCCCUGCCGACAAUAAAACAUUACACUUGGUUUGAAGGUGUUACUGCUAAAGCAGAGGAAGGACUUUUUUUACUUUAUUACUUUCAGCAGAAUCAUAUCACCAUGUUAUCAGUAGUGAGAAUGAAUGAAUGAAUUAAUCAAUUUUAUUUUACAAAACUCACUUGAGGAUAGGAUCAGUGAUGUAAAGUUACUAAGUA